CUAAUUUGAAUUAAACAAACGAGUAUGGUCAACUGGAUUUAGAUCUACUUGAGAUUGAUAUUUUAAAGCUUCUGCCGCUGGCGUUGACCCAAAACAGUAACCCUGACUGACUUGAAGUUCACACAAUUGCUUAUCCUCUUCCUUUCCAUCUUUUCUAAUUCUUCUGAAAUUCAUAGUUAUUUCGUUAGAAAGGUUUCGCUCUCUCACCUUUUCUUUUCCGCCAUUUUCUGAUCCAAAACUAAAUAGAUAAAAUGGAUAAAAUUAAAAUGGAGGAUACAAAGCCUUCCACAUCAUCUUCAUCAAAGUUGGGACUUCCAACCACCCAACCAGAAAUAGUUUAUCGGCCAGAACCGGAACCAGAUCGCGUAUGGAUCCAUGACGUGUUCUUAAGUUUCAGAGGAGAAGAUACUCGUGCUUGCUUCACUUCACACCUCUGUGCAGAUCUUCAGAAUGCCGGAAUUAAGGUUUUUAUUGACGAUAAUGACCUUCAAAGAGGAGAUCACAUUUCACCAUCAUUAUACCGUGCAAUCGUGCAGUCUCAGAUUGCUAUAAUUGUUUUCUCUAUAAAUUAUGCCGAUUCACGAUGGUGUCUCGAUGAAUUGGAAAAAAUAACUGAGUGUAGUACUCAUACAAGACUAAGACAAGUGACUUUGCCAGUGUUCUACCACAUAGAUCCCUCUGAAGUGCGUCAUCAGAGAGGCGAGUUUGGAGUGGCUUUUCAACGUCUUUUGAACCGAAUGAAAAACGAGGUUUCUUUCACUUUAGGUCGUGAAACAGAAAGGAGGUGGAGAGGGAUACUUUGUCGGGCAGCUGACACCGCAGGAUUCGUAAUACUAAACUCUAGGAAUGAAAGUGAGGAUAUCAAAAGAAUUGUUGACGAAGUUUCACAUUUGCUCAACAAGACAGACUUGUUUAUUGCGCAUAAUCCCGUGGGAGUUGAAUCUCGAGUGCAAGAUGUCAUUCGACUUCUUCAACCCAUUCCAUCAAAAGAUGUUCUACUACUAGGGAUGUGGGGUAUGGGGGGAAUUGGAAAAACAACCAUUGCAAAAGCCAUCUACAAUAAAAUUGGCCGCAAUUUUAAAAAUAGGAGCUUCCUUGCAAAUAUUAGGGAAGUUGGGGAGAAAAUGGCGGGACUGGUGGGUUUACAAGAGCAACUUCUAUUUGAUAUUUGCAAAUAUAAAAUUACAAUGAAGAUACCAAACGUUGAGUCGGGAAUAGAAACAUUACAGUCUAUACUCUGUCAUAAAAAAGUACUCAUUGUACUUGAUGAUGUGAAUACAUUAGACCAAUUGUAUACUUUCUGUGGAAGUCGCAGAUGGUUUGGUCCAGGGAGUAUAAUAAUAAUCACGACGAGAGAUAUACAUUUGCUUAAAGGGAGAGUUGACAGUAUAUACAAAAUGACAAUAAUGAAUGAAAGUGAAUCAAUUGAGCUUUUUAGUUGGAAUGCAUUCAAGCAAGCGAGUCCUACAGAAGAUUUUGAUAGAAUUUCCAGAAAUGUAGUUGAAUAUUCUGAGGGAUUACCGCUAGCCCUUGAAGUCCUUGGGUCUUAUUUGUAUAAUAAAACGGAGUCAGAGUGGGAUCUUGUAUUGGAGAAACUCAAAAGAAUUCCUAAUAACCAAGUGCAGAAGAAGUUAAGAAUAAGUUAUGAUGGUUUAAAUGAUGACGAUGAGCAAGAAAUAUUCCUUGACAUAGCUUGUUUCUUUAUUGGGAUGGACAAAAAUGAUGUUAUACUUGUAUUAAAUGGCUGUGGACUUUCUGCUGAAAUUGGAAUAAGUGUCCUUGUUGGGCGAAGCCUUGUGACUGUUGAUGAUAAUAACAUUCUUGGAAUGCAUGGUUUGAUGCGAGAUAUGGGAAGAGAAAUCAUUCGUGAGGAAUCACCAAGGAAGCCCGAGGAACGUAGCAGGUUGUGGUUUCGUAAGGAUGUGAUUGAUGUACUGUCUAGAGAAAAUGGAAAAGAAGGUGUUUUGGGACUGGCUUUGAAGCUUUCUAGAGGUAAUGCACACUAUUUUAGCACUAAAGCAUUUGAGAAGAUGCAGAGACUCAGAUUCCUUCAACUUGAUGAGGUAAAACUUAUUGGAGAUUUUGAAUACGUUUCUAGAGAUCUGAGAUGGCUGUCAUGGAAUGGAUUAAGCCAAAUGCCUACAAAUUUCCAUAGAGAAAAUUUAGUUUCCAUCGAACUAGAGAACAACAAAGUCAAACUUCUGUGGAAGAAGAUUCCGAGAAUGGAGAAGCUAAAAAUUCUCAAUCUUAGUCAUUCUCACUUUCUCACUCGAAGCCCUGACUUUUCAAGCAUGCCUAAUCUUGAAAAGCUGGUACUCAAAGAUUGUCCAUUGUUGUCUGAGGUUUCUCCUACCAUUGGACAUCUCAAUAAAAUUCUUCUGAUAAAUUUGGAAGAUUGUAUUCGCCUACGUAGCCUCCCAAGAAGCAUCUAUGAGUUGAAAUCUCUGAAAACUCUCCUUCUUUCGGGUUGUUUAAACAUUGAAAAGUUGGAAGAAGAAAAAGUAGAAUUUUCAACCACUCUCCUUGAAUAUUACACAGCAAGAACAAGAGCAUUCUUUUCAGUAGUAAGUUCAAAAAGCAUUGGAUAUAUUUCUAGGUGCUGCUAUGAGGGAUUUUCACUUGAUGUGUUUCCAUCUAUCAUUUGGCCUUGGAUGUUGAGAUAUGCACUGAUUUGUAUAUAAUUACGUGUUCAUUAGGAUUGAUUGUGUAUUGAUUUAUUUUCUUGUACAGUAUUCAAUAUAAGUAAGAUCAAGUUGAGAGUUAAUCUCUCAAAUUAUUCAAUAAUAAACCUUAUUUUCAAGUCA